AUGUCCGAAAAGGUUGUAGCCUACUUGCGGCAACAGACGCAAAACGCCCCCGCGAAUCUCGCCGACAAAUGGCAAGGCCUGGAGAAGCUCUACAGCAAGAGGCUUUGGCACCAGCUGACGCAGGAGGUUAUCGUGCUGCUGGCCAAUGAAGACUUCUGCAAGAGCGUCGACCUCAAGGAAUUCUACGACAAUUUCGUCCAGGAGUUCCAGCAUCGCAUCAACGCGCUGCAGCUUGUCGAGAUCUGCAUCCCCAUCUCCCGCAGUAUUUUCGCCAAAGAAAGACCGGCUGCUUUCAAAUUCCUUGAGAGUCUCGAAACUGCCGUGUCGAAGGAAAAGCAGGCCUUGAUUCGACUCCGAACCGCGCAAAUUGAUUUCCACCUCUUGAACAAGGACCAAAGUGAAUGCUGCUUGGACAUACAGAAGGCUCGUAAGAUGCUCGAGGCCACUCAGAAGCAAGUCGAUGAUCUUGUCGGAGUCACCACCGUCCACGCGCCGUUCUACAGGGCGCAUGCUGUGUACCUCAAGGAGAUUGGUGACUUUGCCGGAUACUACCGUGAGGCGCUGCGCUACCUUGGUGUUGAAGAGCCUACUAAAUUGACAUUCCAGGACCGCCACUACCAAGCCGUUCUCCUUGGCUUCGCCGCUCUUCUCGGAGAAAGCGUCUACAAUUUUGGUGAAUUGCUCGCUCAUCCGAUCCUGAAGGCGCUUGAGGGCUCGCCCGAGAAAUGGCUGCUCGAUGUGCUCUUCGCAUUCAAUUCAGGAGAUUUGAACCAGUUCUACGCCCUCGAAAAGGACUGGGGUGGCUGGCCGGACAUGAAGAAGCAGAGGAAUUUCCUCGUUGAAAAGAUUCGGCUUUUGUCAAUUAUGGAGAUCGCGUUGGCAAGGCCGUCGAAGGAGCGCACCAUUGCGUUCGCCGAGAUUGCUGGCAAAGCCCAGAUCGACACCAAGAGCGUAGAGCACAUCGUGAUGAAGGCGUUGUCGAAGGGGCUGAUUCGCGGAUCCAUUGACCAGGUGAACCAAACGGUCCACGUGAGCUGGGUGCAGCCGCGAGUUCUCAAUGCUAACCAGAUCAUCUCGAUGGCCGAUCGCAUUGGCGGCUGGUGUAAGGAUGUGGCCGGCAUGGAGGCCGUCGUCAACGAGAACGCCAAGGAGAUCCUCACCAAGACU